UUAUUUUUCCAAUUUUCAAACUCAAUAUUAGCAACGGCUCUCUCUCUCUCUCUCAUCACUACACAAUUUCAUGUUCAAAUUCAUCACUUAAUCAUCCUCAAAUUCACACUCCACACCAGACAAUGCAAGAUUUCAUCGGAUCCGUUCGCCGAUCGCUAGUCUUCAAACCCUCAGCCGCCGCCGCCGGCAAUGACGACGGCGUCGGUGCCUCGUUCGGCGGAUUUGUUGAAAAAAUCGGUUCGAGCAUUCGAAAAUCGAGAAUCGGACUUUUUAAUAAAUCGUCUGUUCAAGCACUACCGCCACCGAGGAGGAUGAAGAAAGAAGAGGCCGGUUCUCAGAUCCGGUGGCGGAAAGGGGAAUUAAUCGGUUGUGGAGCGUUUGGUAGGGUUUAUAUGGGGAUGAAUCUGGAUUCGGGGGAGUUACUUGCUGUUAAACAGGUUUCAAUUAUUGUGAAUACGGCUUCGAAAGACAAAACACAGGCACACAUCCGGGAGCUGGAAGAAGAGGUGAAGCUAUUAAAGAAUCUUUCACAUCCAAAUAUUGUUAGGUACCUGGGAACCGCUAGAGAGGAGGAGUCUUUAAAUAUCUUCUUGGAAUUCGUUCCCGGUGGAUCCAUCUCAUCACUCCUUGGAAAAUUUGGUUCCUUCCCUGAAUCGGUGAUAAGAAUGUACACAAAGCAAAUAUUAUUGGGGCUGGAGUAUCUCCACAAAAAUGGUAUCAUGCACAGGGACAUUAAGGGGGCAAAUAUACUUGUCGAUAAUAAAGGACAGAUUAAACUUGCAGAUUUUGGGGCCUCCAAGAAAGUUGUUGAGCUGGCUACAAUGACUGGUGCGAAAUCAAUGAAGGGCACCCCGUAUUGGAUGGCUCCUGAAGUUAUACUUCAGACUGGCCAUAGCUUCUCUGCUGAUAUAUGGAGUGUUGGAUGUACUGUUAUCGAAAUGGCAACCGGAAAGCCUCCAUGGAGCGAACAAUAUCAGGAGGUUGCUGCUCUCUUCCAUAUAGGAACAACAAAAGCUCAUCCACCUAUACCGGACCAUCUUUCUUCUGAGGCAAAGGAGUUUCUAUUAAAAUGCCUUCAAAAGGAACCGGAUCUCCGGUCUAAUGCAUCCGAGUUGCUGCAGCAUCCUUUUGUCACUGGGGAGUAUAACGAGACUCAUCCGGUCUUUCGCACAUCAGUUAUGGUUAAGGACACAUCUGGCAAUCAAUUAUCAACGUCUAGGCAGGAACCCACAAAACCCAUUAGCCCAGAGAUGAAAACAAAGCAUGGUACCAUGGAUGCUCAAAAUAUGAAUAGUGUGAGGUGCUCGACUAUAUACCCUGAGAAAUUUUCCGGAGGACCAAUGUGGGGUUCAAACAGAUACGACGAUGACAUGUGUCAGUUGGAUGAUGAUCUCAUGGCUGGCAAAUCUAUGAAACUUGAUUCCACUUUACUCACUAAUAAUGUCAAUAAGAGUUUUAAUCCCAUGAAUGAACCCGAUGAUGACUGGUCCUGCCGGUUUGAUGGAAGUCCGGAAGUGGGAACAAACGCUGUGAACUUGUUUUCAUGUCAAGUUGCGGAAAUUAGUACAGAGAUCCCUGGAGAAUUAGGUAAUGAAGACAAUGAUUUUACGUUUCCUAAUGGGACUCCUGGAGUUGAGGAAGAUGAAGAAGAUACAGAAAUAAAGAUAAGAGCAUUUCUGGAUGAGAAGGCUUUAGAUUUAAAGAAGAUGCAAACGCCUCUAUACGAAGAGUUUUACAACUCCUUAAACGCAGCCAUUUCUCCCGUUGGGAACGAAAACAAGGAAAACUCAUCAAGUCACCUCAACUUACCGCCUAAAAGCAAAUCACCUAAUAGUAAUAACAGGCUGCUAAGAAAGAGGCUAUCUUCAGCUGUUGAUGUUUCUUAUAUCGGCAGAUCCGCUAAUAGAUCUGACCGAGUAUCAAAUAUCGGGGGCGUAAAUGAUCCAAAUCUGCAUGAAUGUUUGUCACCUUCACAUGCUCAAUUGAAUGAGAAUGUUCUUGAUUCUCAAAAACAUGCCAUUAGUCCAAGUGCAAGCUUCUCAGAGAGACAAAGAAGAUGGAAAGAAGAACUCGCAGAAGAGCUUGAAAGAAAACGAGAGCUUAUGCGGCAAGCGGGAACAUCAUCCCCAAAGGAUCGGAUUAUAAAUAAUCGCCAAAAACGGUUUUCGUUUCUUGGCAAUUGACAAACCAUUACAUAAGAGCUACAGCUGGUGUAAUUGUAUCUAGUUUUGUUCAUGGUCCACACCACCUUCCUUUUGUAUUAAUCAAAGCCAUUGGUCACAUUUUUUUAUAAUUUUCUUUUCCUUUUUUAUGUUUGUUGUGGUCUAUGGUAUAUUUCAAAUUUAAAGAGAAAUUAAAGAGAGAUUUAUGUU